CAUCUCAACGCAUUUAUUAUUCAAAGUCCACAUUCCUCAAGACGCACGUGGGUCUCUCUUACGUAUAUGUAGACUUAAAAUCGUGUGGAUUGGAAUCUCUUUCUCCAUGUAGCAGUACUAUAAAAGAUUUAGAAUGGAAAAGUCAAUUAGUAAUUGCCCACAGUGUAGAGAACCCUAUUCCAGUAGCUUACCCAAAACAAGUCAUUACAUGAGAUGUGGUUUGCCAUUGACUUUACAUUGUGGUCAUGGUGUUUGCUAUCACUGUAUAGUUUCCAAAAGAUCUCACCCAAAACGUGGCACUGUAUCGUCUAAUAAAGGCCCAGACUCCACCACCAUCAAUUGUGCAGUCUGUAAAUGUGUGUCUGUUAUUCCACACGAGGCUGUUCAAAAUGUGCUAGCAGUCAUCAACUGCUAUCAGUUGGGCCUGAUCCAGCUGAAUGAGCUGGGGAUUGAUAUGGCAGCGGAAAACAUUGGCUUUAGAGAUGGAUCUAGAGGAUUGUUUGUCCCCAGUAGCCCAGAACUGGUUUUGGAAAGACCCCAGCUACUUAAUCCCACAGGAAAAUGCCCCAUUCACAACACCUCAAUAGACUUCUGGUGCUACAACGAUGAAGUUCUGUUGUGUGGGGGUUGCAGGAUAUCUUGCCAUCUUGGCCAUGAUGUUGUCAGGUUGUUGGACAGGAACAAAGAGGAGCUAGAAAGUUUCUAUGGGGCGGCUGAAGAAGCGGUGGAAUUGGUCAGCAAUAUGAAGAAAACGUGCAGUUACAUCAAAGGACAGUCUGAGCGCGUGAAAUUAGAGUACGACCUACUCAUCAAACAGUUGCGAGGCCAUUUUGCCGAAUUGCACACCCUUUUGGCUUCCAGGGAACAGCAGAUGCAGCACGAGUUGUUCCAAAGAUUCCAGGAACGAACUGGCUCCCUCAACAACGCCGAACGUCACAUCCGGGAAGGCCAACUGGACUUGAGUAAGCGAUUGCAGAAGGCCACCAAGGCAGUGAGCAGCGACAUUCCGCCCAGUAGGUCAGCCAUCGCCCGUUGGACGGAAUCGAUCCGCCAGUCCAAUUCCUGCAAGAAUCUCGUUGACGAGACGCGGGAUAAUGUGAACUCGGUGACUCUGUCGGCUGUAUUUGAACCGGAUGAGGAGUACAUCCAUCACCUUCGCCACGAUUCGGUGGCCACUGUCAGUUCAGAGUACGAAGGCUCCUCCUAUUGGAAUCGCCUGCUCAGUCAGUUUGACGAUUUCAAGCAGGAAAAGGAUCGCCGAUCGCUGGAUCAUUUGAGUUCAAAUUCUCCUUGCGAACCGACCGAGAAGAAGAGGGCCCGGAAGCACAUGAAUUCGUCUCCUCUGGCUAUCAAUCAUUACGAGAGCGGCAUGCAGCUGACUGGACGUGUCGUCCACGACGAAGACAAAUGUUUCUACAUUCAAGUUCAUAGUUCUCCUAGCCCAGACGGCAAUGGAGGCCGCGAGGAGCUGAAAAAGCUUCAAACUCUUAUUCAAACCUGCGAAAAGAAUCCCGCGCCUCGGUUGAGCGAACUGCAAGUGGGUCAGCUGGUGGCCGGCCGUUUCCACGGAAAAUGGUACCGCGCCUUGAUCGAGGAGAUCAACUUUAAUUGUGACGAUCUGGCCAUCUUUUUCGUCGACUAUGGCAACCGUAAAUUCGCGACGGUUCAAACGAUUCGGCUGCUGGGCGACGGGAUGUCGGAUUUACCGGCUCAAGCCGUCCGCUGCUCUCAGGCGGAUUCACUGACGUCCGUUUCUCACAGCGAACCGAAAUUCGUCAACGUACAUGUAGUUCGUGUAGAUCCGGGCGGGGUUGGCCGAUCGGACGGCCAAGAGUACACCCUCUGGGUCACAGUGUGUCCGUCGCCGGUCGACGAGAACAUUACCAACACGAUCACUCCGCCCAAGGAGCCAGUGGAUCCUUUUACUGCGUAUACGCCGAUGAGUAUCCACAAAGCGGUGCGCACUCUUCCAACCCCACCUCCGCCGGAAGCGAUUGUGGCCAAGAGAAAGCGCUUCCCGGCCAAAGAUUGGGUUCCCAGGACUCCACGUGCAGGACCCUCAGAUCUCCCCUAUGAUCAUCAUCGCCCUGCUCCUGUUCCAUCCAUUCACUCCUCUGCGAAAUCGGCAUUCAGAGCCUCGCCAGUGCCGUCACAGUCGCCCGUCUACGUCCCGCCACCACCGGCCCUAUAUGAAGGACAAGAGAAUCGCUUCCGGACGAAAGUAGUCGUCAGUCACUUGAAUUCGACCGGAGAAUUUUACAUCCAGAUUGACAAGGCUCAAGAGACUUACGUCAACUUGACUCGGCAGCUGGACGAUCAUUUCGCCAACUCGUCGCUUUUGCUGGAGCAGUUGAAUCAGGCGGACAUGAAGACUAUCGGUUUGAUCUGCGCCGCCAACGUCGACGGCCAUUGGAAUCGCUGCCGGAUCGUGGACAUUGUUGACGACAAGACGGUGACACUUUACCUGACGGAUGUUGGCAAAAAGAUCAAAGUCGACUGCACGCAACUCUACCGGCUGAGUCAUCCCCGAUGGAUGGAAACGCCGGCACUGGCUUUGGAAUGCCGUUUGUGGGGCGUCCGCCCAGCUGGCCAUAUGACCAAAUGGUCGGGUUCUGCCACCGACAAGAUGAGAAAAAAAAUCAAGGAGUGCAGCGCUCUCUUCGUCCAAGUUUAUUUCGUCCGGGAGGAAUUAGACGACACUGGACUUUUCCAGUCUGUUCAUUACGUCCGGCUCUACCAUGAAUACAUCAAACACGGCGGCCCACUGGAAUUUGACCAGACGUUGACGGGUUGCAUUAACGACGAGUUGCUGGACCGGGGACUGGCCCUGAGGGAUCCUAUGCUGGUGACGCUGCAGCCUUCGCCCAAACGUUGGCUGCCCAGCGUGACUCUCCCGCCGGAAUUGGAAAGAGCUUUGCCCAUUUGGAUGGAUGACGACGGUCGGCUUUACUUCCAUCGUCCGACGGGACCUACCAAUCACGUGAGGGUCAUCAACAAGCUCAUCAACUGGCACUACGAAAAGUCGACGCCCACGCCGGCCGAUUUGGCCCAUUGGGUCAAGGAUGAGCCCUGCAUCGCUUUGGACACGGAUCGGAAAUUUUACCGGGCCGUCGUCUUGACGGCCGACGACGAGGCCACAUCGGCCACAGUUUUGUUUGUCGACUACGGCAACUCUGGGAAGGUUUCGUACGAGAACAUGAGGAAAUCCCUGCUCUGCUACGAGUAUCCAAUCCAGGCCAGCAGGUGCCGUCUUUCGAGAUACCCCGGACCGGAAACGAAGCCCACCGAAGACGAAUUGGAGAUGCUGCACCAGAUUCUGAUCGAUAAGGAGAUUACGGUGCGGGUUCUCGAACCGGCCACCAGCGGAUCCGAUCCCGUCGUCGACAUUUGGUUUCCCGACGAAGGAGCGAAAGAUCUCAAGGAUAUAUUCCAGCAAUUGCGCCCGGAAUACAGGUACUCUGGCACUCGUUCGAAAGCUUCUGGUUCUCCGGUGGAUUCGUCACCCCGCCCAUGUACUCCGGCGCCGACUCUUCCGCUGAGCACCGUCGACCUGGACGACUCGAUUUUCGACGCGAAUUCGUCCGAGUUCUCGGACGACGUGUACCCGAUUUUCAACUUUGAUGUUUUUCACGAGUCGAGAGAGAUGGACGUGUACCGGCCUCUGUUCAUCCCCCGCCGAGUUUCGCUGCCCAUCCGCAUCAUUUCAUUCGACUUCCAGCAAUGCCAGGGAGUGUUCAGUCCGGAGCGACUAAGUUUCGGCGACAGUCCGCACCAGUGGCAGGAGCAGGUGGAAGGUUACGCACGUCUCAGCUCCGAAUUGCAGAGAGCCGCGCCCCUUUUCCCGGACCUGGACGUUGUCGAAUCUGGGAGUCCGUGCACUUGUCGCUACCCGGAAGACGGUAGGUGGCAGCGCGGCAAGGUGCUCGGCUACGAUGACGAUAAUCUGGAAUACCUGCGAAUCGAGUUGGUCGACAUGGGAAUGACCGUCAAGUUGCGCAAGUACAAGAUCAAACAAUUGGCCACCGAAUACCUUGGCUUGCCUCGUCAUUCGGCCAAGGCCAAGAUGAGCUACCCUGCGGUCCCCUCUUCGCAUGCGCCCGAUCUCAGUUUUAUCCGCUCUCGCCAUAAGAAAGGCAAACACAGCUUCGUGUCCUUUUUCAAAGAAGUUAAUGAGCCUCUUCAGAUGAAAUUGUUGUUCAAGGACUGCCAAGGCAAAAUCAUUCCAGCCAUCGAGUAAUCCAGCGGAAGCGGGAAAUAUUUUUUUUUGGCGUCAAACGAAAAAGCGGCGGGUGAUAUUAUUUUGUGUUUCGUUUCCUAAAAUUUCGUUUUUUUCUUUCUUCCAAUCAAGAAAGAGAAUGG